AUGGAACUUUCUUUUGGAGAAUUCGACUUAAAACUGGGCAUGGACUGGUUGGUUAAGCAUCAGGUGAAUUUGGACUGUGCUACUAAAUAUGUGGUAUUGAAAACUGUGGAGGGGGAUGAGGUGGUACUAAUAAGGGAGCGUCGGGAUUAUCUGUCAAAUGUGAUUUCUGCUCUGAGGGCCGAGAAGUUGGUUCAUAAGGGUUGUGAGGCAUAUGUAGCCUACAGCAAUGGUGUCGAUUCUGAGGCUCCGUCUGUUAAAGAUAUCAGAACAGUCAAGGAUUUUCUGGAUGUUUUCCCCAAUGAACUACCUGGACUACCUCCAAACCGUGAAGUUGAAUUUGGGAUUGAGCUCCUACCGGGUACAGCUCCGGUGUCCAUCGCUCCCUAUAGAAUGGCACCGAAGGAGCUAGUAGAGCUUAAGGCUCAGAUUCAAAAGCUACUGGAUCGUGGGUUCAUCUGCCCUAGGAUUAGAGUUGAUCCUCGAAAAAUUGAAGAUGUUCUAGAUUUGAAGCCACCUAAGACAGUAUCUGAGAUUCGAAGUUUUCUGGGUCUGGCAGGGUAUUAUAGACAUUUUGUUGUGGGGUUUUCGUUGAUUGCUGCACCUCUGACUAAACUUUUGCGUAAAGGGAGGCAUUACUUGUAUGGUAAGAAGUGUAUCAUUUACACUGAUCAAAAGAGCCUUAAGUACCUCUUCACUCAGAAGGAGCUGAAUCUUAGGCAUCGUAGAUGGAUUGAGCUACUUAAGGACUAUGAGUGUACUAUUGAAUAUUACCCUGGUAAGGCUAAUGUGGUAACUGACGCUCUGAGCCGUAGAGCUAUGACUAACCUGAGAGCAAUGUUUGCUCGCCUCAAUUUAUUUGAUGAUGGUAGUUUGUUGGCUGAACUUCAAGUUAAACCGACGUGGUGGAAGAUAGUGACUAUGGACUUCGUUUGUGGGUUACCCCUUACACCUACUAAGAAGGAUUCUGUAUGGGUUAUCAUGGAUCGAUUGACCAAGUCCGCCCACUUCAUACCGGUUCGUACUAACUACUCUCUGCAGAAGCUGGCUAAACUGUAUGUGUCUGAGAUAGUGAGACUGCAUGGGGUACCGGUUUCCAUAAUACCAGAUAGAGAUCAUCGCUUCACGUCUUGGUUCUAG